UCCUGCUUGCAGAGAACAAGAGCUACAAAUUAAAUUGUUCACUGUGUCCCUUUCCAAGCCCUGAUCAAGGAAGAAAUUUAAUACUGCGUUUUAUGCCCCCCCCACACACUCCACUCCCACUUUUAGAAAGAGUUAAAGAUUUGGAAAUGAGUUUUGACAGCAGUGUUAGUUGCUGAAAUACUCAAUGAUAACAGAGAUUUAAAGAAGGGAUUCGUGGAUGGGACUUCUCUAUAAGUCAACAGUAACAAACAGCAGAAGAACGAAAAACAGGGACUUUUUUUUCAAGGAAUUGUGAAAAUCUGUCCUGAUGGAAAGAGAGACAACAGGGAGGUCGGUUCCAGCCAACAAGAGAGCUGCCAGGAAACUUCUCAAACUGUGCCUUGGUGUGUUUGUGAGUAGCACGGUCGUGCUCGGCAUUGCCCUUUUUCUGGUUAGUAAAGGACACAUCAAAUUUCAUGCAAAGCAACAAUAUCAAUAUUGCUUGACUCCUGAAUGCAUUGAAGCUGCUGCCUCCAUCAAAAGCAAGCUAAAUGUGUCUGUGGACCCCUGUGAUAACUUUUUCCGAUUUGCCUGUGAAGGAUGGUUUCAAGAUAAUCCAAUGCCAGAAGAUUAUUCAAGUUAUGGAACCUAUUCUUGGCUGAGACAUAAUGUAGAUCUAAAAUUGAAAGCUCUCCUUGAAAAACCACUUAGCAAAAGACGAGACAAUGAAGCUGUACAGAAGGCCAAGAUACUUUAUUCUUCAUGUAUGAAUGAGGUCAUCCGAUUAUAUGUGGCUUCAGAUGAUAAGGCUUCUAAUGAGCACAUCAUAAAGUUAGAUCAAGCAUCUCUGACUCUAUCAGCACGGGAAGACUACCUGGACAAUACCACAGAAGCUAAAUCUUACAGAGAUGCCUUGCUCCAGCUCAUGGUUGAUACCUCAGUCCUUUUGGGUGCCAAUGCGUCACAUGCAGAGUUGGAUAUGAAGUCAGUGCUUAAAUUAGAAAUAAAAAUUGCUGAGAUAAUGAUUCCACCUGAGAAUCGAACCAGUGAAUCUAUGUAUAACAAAAUGAACAUAUCAGAACUCAGCAGCAUGAUCCCACAGUUUGACUGGCUGGCAUAUAUCAAGAAGUUGAUCGAUACUAAACUCUAUCCUGACCUGAAGGACAUUGAUGCUUCAGAAAAUGUGAUUGUCCGAGUGCCCCAGUAUUUUAAGGAUUUAUUCAGGAUACUAGAAAGAGAAAGGAAAAAGACUAUUGCCAACUAUCUGGUAUGGAGAAUGGUUUAUUCAAGAAUAUUCAAUCUCAGUCGACGUUUUCAAUAUAGAUGGCUAGAAUUUUCAAGGGUAAUCCAGGGAACAGCAUCUUUAGUGCCUCGAUGGGAUAAAUGUGUAAACUUCGUAGAAAGUGCUCUCCCAUAUGUUGUUGGCAAAAUAUUUGUAAAACUACAUUUCCAAGAAGAUAAGAGAGAAAUGGGGCUUAGCUUGGCAUUUCACCUGAGUACCAAUGAGGCCUCAGAGAGAGCGAAUGGAAUGCUAGAGCAAUACUUGAAGUGCUAUGUCAACUACCAACAAACAAAUUGUGCGGAGUUGCUGCUGUUUGCUGAAGUGGCUUACAACAACACAGUGCAUUUUAGCACCAGGUUGACCUCUUUCCAAGUCACCAGAGGUGUGGAGUUCAUCCCCAUGCCUGAACUCCCUAGGGAGCCACCUUUAUCCAUGUCAUUGGCUGAAUGGAUGGAGUUCCUGAAGAAAGUGUGGGAGAAUACUAAGCAAGCCCUUCGAGAAGCAGCAAAAACCCAUAAAGUGCAAGCCAACAAGUGCCUUUCCAAAUGGAAAGUUAAGUUUACCUCUCAAUGA